AUGUUCCAUCUAGCCACUCUACUCCACGUAAAAGGUUUCGCAAUAACCAUCAUCCAAACUAAAUAUAGGGCUCUUGAUCCUACUCUAUUCCCACACUUCACGUUCCACCUCCUUGACGAUGAUGGCUUGCCUGAUAACGCCACUUUCGGACCAUGUAAUCACACCACCAUCCUAGCCACCCUAAACACAAACUGCUCAGAACCAUUCAGAAAUUGCAUAUCCCGGAUUUUGAGCAAGGACCACGUCGCUUGCCUUAUUACAGAUCCUAUGUGGUCAUUCACAAAGUCUGUUGCCACUAGCUUCGGCCUUCCCAGGAUUGUGCUCAGCCGAUUUUGUAGAGUUAGCCUGUGGGUUGUUCGUCGUGGCUCGAUUGAGGGAUCAAAUGAGACUGAUCCACUCCCCUUGCCAGAGGAUUACUCAGACACAAUAUGUCAAAGGGGUAAUAUAGUCAACUGGGCACCUCAACAACAAUUUUUAGCCCAUCCUGCAGUAGGUGGUUUCUUGACACAUUGUGGAUGGAACUCGAUCAUGGAAAGCAUUAGUGAAGGUGUACCAAUGCUUUGCCUGCCCUUCUUUGCUGAUCAAGAUAUAAACACGAGGCACGUAUGCGACAAUUGGAGGAUCGGAAUGGAGCUGGACAAGGGGAUUCAAAGGGGUGAAAUCGCGAAAGCAGUCAGAAAACUGAUGGUGGAAGAAGAUGGUCAAGCAAUGAGAAGUAGAGUCAGAGCUCUGAAAGAAAAAGCAACUCUUUCAGUAAUAAAAGGAGGCUCCUCUUACAAAUCCUUGGAAAAUCUCACCAACUAUCUUAUGUCAUUCUAAUCAUGUACUAUACCAUUUUAACUGUAUUUCCUCUGUUCUUCUGUCCUGUGUAUUCUCAUUGUUAUAAUGAUAUGUACGCACCAUAUUAACAGCCUCGUCGAAUGAAGAAAACUUUACAUAAUAAACCAUUGAAUUGGAAUUGAAUCUAGUAUGUUCAUAUAUACUUUCUGAUGCUUUGAACUGGAUUUUCUGUAUGUUUAUGUUUACUCUCAUAAAAAAGUUUGUAGUGUAUGAGCAACAAGAAUUGUUCUCCCUCAAAUUAUUGUCAUUUUAGGCUAGGACGCGCAAGUAGAUAAUAGCGUACUUGUUAUUUUUGGUAGAUAGUGAAAAAAAAAAAAAAAAAAUAUUAAUAGAAUGCUAAAGAGUUGGUGGAGGGUCUCACAUCACAUGAAAUAAAAAGAAAGUGAUUCGUAGGAAUUUUAAUGGUGCAUGGUAAUCGAUUCAUGGAUAACCUGAGCCAAUGGUGAAAUUACACUCGGGCGCUACCCCUAAUCCUCAGGGGCAACUCACACAUGAUGAAUAGAAAACAGUAUAUCUACUACACAAGUCAUAAGUAUCAACAUUAAUUUCACUUGCACGUUAAUUUCUCCAUUUUCAUGUAAAACAAGCCUUCCUAAAAUUACAUGUAGACAUUGUUACAAGUAUUUAGAAAUGAAAAGGAUAUACGUAGUACUUAGAUUUACAACUGAAGUACAUACUAUAUUCCUUUUUUUAUUCUUUGAUACGAAGUAACAAGUACGUAGUACUAUGUUCGUAUAGUUGCUCUUAAAAUCUU